AUGUCAAAUUUCACAAACUUUCGCAUUCUUGCUCCCCUAGUGUAUCAACGCUCAUCACUUAGUGUUUACUUCGGAACAGUGGCGAACCAAGAAGAUUUCGCGGACGCUGAAGAUGAAUGUAUGAGAAUUGGCGGGCAUCUACCUUCCAUAUCCAACGCUUUCGAGAACGCUGUAGUACAAAACGCUGUUCAGAAGCAGCUCGGGACCAACUUUGGCGGCAAAAUAAUCAUUGGCUACUCCAACUUGAUUAAUAAGGGCUUUUCAUGGAGUGACGGCAAUCCUUCAACAUACACAAACUGGGCACCGGGAGAGCCUGUGACAGCAGUUGUUGGAGUGGCAUGGAUGGAUUUCCUUACCGGAUGGUGGAACACUGCUGCACCAUUUGCCACUAGUCACUUCAUUUGCGCGCUCCCUUCCUAUAGAAUAAGUUGUUAAAAAG